AAUCCACAAUUUCUUCAUUUACUCUCUCUUGCACUGACUCUAAGGUUUGUUGUUCCUCUGCGGGCGCUACCGGUGUCGGAGAAAGAGGUGAAAAAGGAGCAGCCACCUUCUUCUUGGAUCCACAUCUCAAAAAAAGUGAUGCAAUAUCUCCUGUCCACUUCAUUUUUGCAACAGUUCUACAAAAAAGUUAAUACAUUAAUUCAGUUGGAACAACGCCCUAAUGAUUCAAUCGGUUCAAUUGACAAAUUAUCAAUUGCAAUUUUUUUUAAAGCAUGAACUCUCAACAAAUCGUUCAAAUCUUCAUACCAAAAGGAAGUUGUUCUUUGAAUUAGAGAAGAACAAAAAUCUUACGGGACUACACACAGUCGGCUGUACGCACUGGUCGGUUGUACACAAUCUUACGGCGAAUGGUCGGCGACUCUUGGCUUUGUUGACUUCGAUCGACCCCACAAGUGAUUCACUGGAAGAGUUGUACACAGUUGUUCUCUGUAUUAAAAUCUUACGGGGUUGUACACAAUCUUACGGGGUUGUACAUAGUUGUUCUUUGAAUUAGAGAAACACUGGUCGCCGUGGUCGGCUGUACCUAUGCGUGCGCCUCGUCGGCCGCCUGGACAAGUGGACGGGCGUCCUUCGCCGGCCGCUUGGUCGUCGCCUCAGCGGGUGCCCUGUCGGAGUGCCGGUCUUGCAUAGUUGCCGCUAGGGUUUCUAUCGAGUAGACGAGACAACGAGUCGACGAGGAGUCUGAAACGAUCAACGCACGUUGAGGCGGAAGAAACGAGGCAAGACUUUGCAUGUACAUGGGCUGACCUGACUUGGGCCUAGAUAUGUUUAUUUUUUUCCAGAGAAGUACUAAACUAAUGGGCCAAAUUCCAGGAUGGUCCAUGGACCACCCUGGCCACCCUACAGCUACGCCACUGCUUGGGCCAUGGUGCGGCUGCAGACUUAGAAGGGUGAGUUUAUUCCACAAAUUGCUUUCCAAAUGCAGGAUUAGAAGAAGAAGCAGGUUGCCUCAUAUCCCGUAGCAAUGCUCAUGCAUGAGUUUCUCUUUUUUCUUACAGGAUGGAUCCAAAUUCUAGUUAUGUGCUGAAAAUUAGAUUGCUUGGCAACCCAAAAAAAGCUAGAAAAGAUAUCAAGUGUUUUUAUUUUGAGAAGGUUGUUGAUCCCGACUUGACAAAUUAUGAAGAUUUGCUUGAAUCAAUAAUAGUGCAGUAUCAACCAUGUUAUUUGGAAGUUGUGCAUGUUCACUACUAUGAUGAAGUUCUGAAAACAUUUCCAGAAAUAAAAUCAGACCAAGAGUUGAUGCAUGUGUUUGAGAAACAAGCUAAGGCAAAGAUGGUACAAAUGUUCAUUGUAUAUUGGAAUCCUUCUGAACCAUAUGAGCCUAUCACUCAGUAUUAUAGCUAUUGUAAAAGAAGAGAUGAAGAUAAUUGUCCAUGGAGGAUACAUGCUUCUACAACGGAUGAUUUGUGUACCAUAGUGGUGAAAAAAAACCUUGUGGUCAUGAUUGCUCUAGUGCAAGAAGGAAAAAGAAGGUGAAGAAUGCAACUAAGUAUUGGAUAUGUGAGAAGGUGAAGGACUGGCUCAUUGAAGAUGCAACUCUAGGAGCAAAGGAAUUGCAAAAGAAGCUUAAAGAACACCAUAAGGUCAAAAUCAACUACAAGAGAGUAUAUAUGGGUAAGUUGCUAGCCUUGAAGAAACUAUAUGGUGAUUGGGAUAGCAGCUUUGACAAUUUGUAUAGGUUUAAGGUACAAGUUGAAAGUUGUUGCCCCGGUAGCAUAGUGCAUAUUGAUCAUCACACAAUAAAUGGGAAAAUCAGGUUUAGAAGAAUUUUUAUUGCUCUAAAACCUUGUAUAGAUGGGUUCCUUAGUGGUUGCAGAUCGUAUUUGGCAAUAGAGAGCACAUUCUUGACGGGCAGGUUCAAGGGGCAGCUCGCUAGUGCUACCGCUAUUGAUGGGCAUAAUUGGACGUGUCUGGUUAGUUUUGGAGUCUUUGAUUCUGAAACUAAUGAGAAUUGGAUUUGGUUCAUGCAAUUGCUAAGACAGACCAUAGGAUCACCAAAUGGUUUAGCCAUAUGCACCGAUGCUGGUCAGGAAGUAAUGACAGGGGUGGAAGAAGUGUUCCCGGAGGCGAAACAUAGGGAAUGUAUGUUUCACUUGGUGACCAACUUCAAGAAGAAGUUCCAUGGGAAGGUGUUUGAUGACCACCUUUGGACUGCUGCUUACUCAUGGAAUCCAUAUUUAUUUGACAAACAUUGGGUUGCUAUGGAGACAACAAAGCCAACUGCAACUGCAUAUAUAAGGAAGUGGCACAAUAGGUUGUGGUCUAGGAGUCAAUUCUCAACUAUUUGCAAGGUGGACUAUGUAACCAACAACUUGGUUGAGUGCUUUAGCAAUUGGAUUAAGCACCACAAGUCCUUGAACUUGGACGACCUCUUUGAUAAAACAAGACAUUUGAUUAUGAUAUUGUGGAACCGAAGGAGAAAAGUAGCAAAGGAGCUAGAUGGUUUGAUUUUGCCCCACAUAAUUAAGAAGUUGAAUGCAAUGACUAGGGAAUUGAACUUGGAGGUGGUAGAAAGCUCCAAAGAAGUGGCCGAAGUGACUACAUUAGGUGGUAGUGGCUUUAGUUUUGUGGUCAACUUGCAAGAGGGCACAUGUUCUUGUCGACAAUGGCAAGUUUCCGGCCUUCCUUGCAAACAUGCUCUUGCAUUCAUCACGUCACUUAGCAAUGCACAUAUACGACACUAUGUGGACUUGUAUUUCUCCAUUUACAAAUAUAGAGCAGCUUAUGCCCAACUAAUCCCUGCUAUGCCGGACAAGACCGAGUGGCCUAAAUUUAACCAUGGAUUCUUCAUGCAUCCACCACUAUUGAAAGCCACAGCUGGUAGGCCUAAAACCGAGAGGCACUACUGAAAUUCAGAAAUUUGCCGUCUGCCAUGGCAGACGGCAAAGGGGGGAACCACGGACGGCAAAG